GCUUUGCUUCCCCACAGCUCCGAACUCCAUUCCCCAUUUCAGAGUAGGUCCCACCCGUCACGCGCACUGCGCAUCCUUUUCGUACGGGUGGACUCCGCAGCAGAGGUCCACGCGGGGCCUGGGACAGCGCGAUGGUGGCUCGCCGGUUCGUGGUCCGGCAGGGCCCCGCCGCCGUUACCUCCGGCGAGGGGGAAGCGGAGGAGGAGCACGAGGUGGAGUACGACACGGAGCACGGCAUCGACGUCCUCCGCCUCCAGAUCUUCUCCCUCACCUCCGUCCCGCCCGACCUCCAGAAGAUCGUGGUGGAGGCGGAUGGGUCCGUGGUGGACGAUGGCACCGACCUGGAGUCCCUCUCCGAGCGCCUGCGCGUCUUGGCCAUCGGCGAGGAGGAGGGGGAGGAUGCGGCAGCGGCGGCUGUGGAGGCGGCCAGGGCGCAGGAGAAGUCCGACGAGGAGCUCGCGAGGAUGCUUCAGGCGGAAGAAGAGGCACUUCUCCUACAACAGUACAGUGUACGAAAUGACGGUGGAGAGGUGUUUAGACAGAGAGUUGAGCCUUACAUGAACCAGAUUCUAAUGUAUGAAGAUCCAGUGCGACAAGAGGCUGCACGGAAGACGGUUCCAAUACAUGAGCUUGAGGAGAAGGCAUUAGCUUCACUGGCCAAGGAAGGGAAUUUCCAACCUUCGAAAGAUGAAGAGAGCCAUGCCUUUCUGCUCCAAUUGCUUUUCUGGUUUAAGCAAUCAUUCAGAUGGGUUAACGCAGCACCUUGUGACAGCUGUGGCUGUGAGACAUCCAAUGUUGGAAUGGGCAACCCACUUCCCUCAGAAAUCGAAUUUGGUGCUUCGCGUGUUGAGCUUUAUAGGUGUAACCAUUGUUCUAGUGUCACCCGGUUCCCAAGGUACAAUGAUCCACAUAAGCUUCUACAAACUAGGAGGGGUCGCUGUGGAGAAUGGGCCAACUGCUUCACAUUCUACUGUCGAGCUUUUGGAUACGAAGCUCGUUUGAUCCUAGAUUUCACUGAUCAUGUGUGGACAGAAUGUUUUUCAAACUUGUACGGGAGAUGGAUGCACCUAGAUCCGUGCGAAGGAGUCUAUGAUAAUCCCCUACUGUAUGAGAAAGGGUGGAACAAGAAGUUGGAUUAUGUUAUUGCGAUUUCGAAAGAUGGAGUACGUGAUGUUACAAAACGCUACACAAGAAAGUGGCAUGAGGUUCUUUCUAGGCGAACAAUUACCUCAGAAGAAACCAUUUCGGCUGUUCUAUCAUCCAUAACAGGGAAGUAUCGCACUGGAUUGUCAACUAGUGCUCUCACAGUCAUAGAAAACCGUGACAAGGAAGAGUCUGAUGAACUUAGCAAAGCUGCUUAUCUUCAAGUUGAAACAACUUUAUCCUUACCUGGAAGGCUAAGUGGUUCUGUGGAAUGGAGAAAAGCAAGGGCAGAGUUGGGCCAAGCAGAUUCACUCAGUUGUUCAUCCUGCCCUGUUCGGAAAUGUGUGGAUGCUCAUGUUUCAAAUAUAUAUGAUGCUCUUUCUUCUCUUCUUUCGCAUUUUUGUGAUAGAAAGGUCCCUAAAGAAAGAACUAUUGAAGUUUUUCAUGCAUUGAAGGCUCUGAUGCUAAAUCUUAAAGAUGCCAACUUUAAGAGCAGAAGAGCUACAUUAGACCAGAAAACACAGCAGCUAUUUGAGGAGAUAUUUUCUUUCAUCGAAAGACUGUUUUCUGCUAUUUCACUGAAAGCAGAAUUGGGUACUGAUGGGCACCAAUCCGUGACUGUGGUUGGAAAUCCAAUAAAUUCAUCCUUAGCGUUACCAGUAGCAUUGGAUGCAGUUGAAGAGAUAUUGAGUAACUAUAAGAAUAAUAUCUUUUGCACAGAAGGCAACCAAUUCCCAAGAGGGAACAGACUAAGCUCAGGUUCAGUCCUUGCAAGCAGGGAACAGCUCCCGAUCGGAAUUGCAACUGCAGCAUUUGAUGGUAUUCAUUCAUCAAAAUGGGAAGAGCCUGAUGGAGCUAAAGGAUGUUGGCUGAUUUAUAAAAUGCCUGAUGGCCAAACUUGCGAGUUGGAGUCGUAUGAUUUGAUGUCAGCUAAUGAUGCCCCAGAGAGGGAUCCAAUGGACUGGGUCCUCGAAGGGAGCACAGAUGGAGGCUCUACCUGGAAUAUAAUUGACACUCGGAGUUCUGAAAUGUUUGAGGGCCGUUUCUUUAGGAAAACAUUUACAGUGGAUAAGAGAUGUAAAGCAGACACUUUCCGGUUUAAGUUUCUACUUGUAAGAGAAUCUCAUUCCAAUCCAAGAUUUCAGAUUGGAUCCAUUGAUCUCUAUGGGAAAACCGUGUGAACUUUCCCGGAGUUGUGUUUCACUUGUAAAGAGCUGAGCAAUUGGUGUUCAUAGCUUUCUAAAACUCUCGAUUUGCCAAACCUGUGCAGCACAAAGGUGCAUCAUAAGAUUGUGACGUGUGCUUUUAUUCCGGAAGUAGCCUUCCCUUGAAUGGUUGAUUGGAGAUUGAUUGAGCAAUUAAGGUCACGAAUACACGACAAUCUAUUUUAGUGUUA